CCUGGCGACGGUUUCCCAGCACCUUCCCAGCCCGCUGCCGCAGCCCGCCCGGCCUGGACAGCCAGACCCCCUGGCCGAGAAACCCCGGCUAUGGCUUCGGUCGGCGGCACGACCUUUACCUCGGGCGCGCCCUCUGUGGGCGAAGGGGGGCUUGAAGCUGAGAAGAACGAAGGGGAUGGCGACAACACCUAUAUUCUGCGGCCCAUUUUCCAGCAAAGAUUCAGACCCUCUGUUGUUAAAGAUUGCAUCCAUGCUGUGCUCAAGGAGGAACUGGCCAAUGCGGAAUACUCUCCAGAAGAAAUGCCUCAUCUCACAAAACGUUUAUCAGAAAACAUUAAAGAUAAAUUAAAAGAAAUGGGAUUUGAUCGAUAUAAAAUGGUGGUACAAGUAGUGAUUGGAGAACAAAGAGGUGAAGGAGUAUUCAUGGCUGCUCGCUGUUUCUGGGAUGCUGACACUGACAACUACACUCAUGAUGUCUUCAUGAAUGACAGUUUAUUUUGUGUUGUAGCGGCCUUUGGCUGUUUCUACUAUUGAAUCUUGGAAAAGCUGGGAAAAGAUAUGACCAUUUGAAGAAAUAUGAAAGUUUUUUUACAUUGUUAAAUAUCUUGACAAAAUAAACUUGGCAGUUUUG